AUUCAUUCCAAUUCUGAUUGCAACGCUCGAGAGAGAAAGAAAAAAUAAAAAAUCCUAUCGUACAGCAACACAGUAGAAUCUCGGCUCGGAUUGACUGACCUACCAAAUCGAUAAUGCCGACUGUUUCUGUCAACAAAUAUGACCUUUACGAGGCGCUCGGCCAACAGUAUACAACCGAGGAGUUCGACGAUCUUUGCUUUGAAUUCGGAAUCGAACUAGACGAAGAUACAGAGAACGAUCCCGACAGACCUAAAGAUCAGCCCCCUCAGCUGAAGAUAGAGAUUCCCGCGAAUAGAUAUGACAUGCUCUGCCAUGAGGGAAUUUCCUUGAUGCUUAACAUCUUUCGCGAGAAAGCAUCUAUUCCAAAUUAUCGUGUUGUUUCCCCCCCCAAUGGUGAAGUUCACCAGAUUAUUGUUCAUGAAGAGACCACCAAAAUCCGCCCAUAUGUGUCUGCUGCUGUGCUACGAGGCAUCAAGUUUACCCAGGGCCGUUAUGACUCCUUCAUUGCCCUCCAGGACAAGCUCCACCAAAACCUAUGCCGACAACGCACCUUAGUGUCUAUGGGAACCCACGAUCUAGAUACCGUCAAGGGCCCAUUUACAUAUGAGGCUCUUCCCCCAGAAGAGAUCGUGUUUGCUCCCUUAAACAAGGAGGAGGUAAUGAACGGUAAGCAGUUGAUGGAAUUCUAUGAGAACGAUAAACACCUCGGAAGAUACCUCUAUAUUAUCAGAGAUUCCCCUGCGUACCCAGUGAUCCUUGAUGCCAAUAGAAGAGUGUGCUCGUUACCGCCAAUCAUCAACAGCAAUCUCUCUAAGAUUACAUUGGACACAAGAAAUAUUUUCAUUGAAGUUACUGCUACAGACCGGACCAAGGCUGAGAUUGUCACCAAUAUUCUUGUGGCCAUGUUCUCGCAAUAUUGUGACGUUUCUUUCACGGUUGAACCCGUCAAGAUAAUAUCUCCUCACAAUAAUGAAUCACGCCAAGUUCCAAACGUGGCUCCCCGUUCCACAACAGCAGAGGUAUCCUACAUCAACUCAUGUUGCGGUCUUCAACUCUCACCUUCCGAGAUCUGUACAAUGCUCGACAAGAUGGCGUACACCGCCAAACCCUCUAGCUCAGAUCCCAAUCUUCUGGAUAUCGAUGUCCCGGUUACCCGGGCUGAUGUCCUGCACCAAUGCGAUAUCAUGGAGGACGUAGCCAUUGGUUACGGGUUUAAUAACUUACCGAAAACCUUUCCAGGGAAGAGCGGAACAAUCGCCGCCCCUUUGCCCAUAAACAAGCUGAGUGAUAUUGUCCGUCUAGAGGCAGCCAUGUGCGGAUGGUCGGAGGUCCUACCUCUCAUCCUGUGCUCGCACGACGAGAACUUCGCCUGGUUGAAUAGGAAAGAUGAUGGCCACACUGCAGUUAGGCUCGCCAAUCCCAAGACUGCAGAGUACCAGAUUGUGCGUACCAGUUUGUUACCCGGUGUUUUGAAGACGAUUCGUGAGAACAGGAAACACAGUUUGCCUAUCAAAGUCUUUGAAGUGAGCGACGUGGCGUUCAAAGACGAGAAACUGGAGCGUAAGAGUCGCAAUGAGAGGCACUUUUGUGCUGCUGUUUGUGGGAAAACUAGUGGCUUUGAGGCUGUUCAUGGGCUGCUCGAUAGGGUUAUGGCUAUGCUCGGCACUAAGGUAUUAGACACAGGUGAAAUGGAACAGGAAGGCUAUUGGAUCGAAGCGGCUGAUGAGCCCACACAUUUUCCCGGUAGAGCUGCAUCCAUCUUGGUUAGGCAUAAGAACGGCAAAAGGCAGUCUAUUGGGACCUUUGGGAUCUUGCACCCUUCCGUCCUGGAAAAGUUUGAGAUACCCUAUCCAGUAUCCACCUUGGAGUUAAACCUUGAGGUUUUCUUGUAG